UAAGAUAUAAUGGCGAUUUGAUAACAUUAUUGAUGUUACAAUUUAAUUGGGAAUUGUAAUUAGUGUGUCGCUGACCGUUGCAAGAUGAAGGCAUUCGCUUUGAUACUGUUGUUUAUUGUUGCUGCCGUUCAGGCUCGUAGCACUGGCUUCAAAAAUGCCCAGUUGGCCCCGCUCUCGGGUUCCGCCCCCUCGUUGGUGCACCUCCGCUUGGCAGUCUCCACCAGCGGCCUGCUGAGGACCUGCGCCGGCAGCAUCAUCGACAGCAGAUGGCUCCUUACCUCUGCUAGCUGUGUCGCACCUGCUCGCUUCAUCUGGUCCCGCUACGGAGCUGUGGACGUCAUCCGACCUGAAUUGGUCCUGGAAACUAGCAGCGUGGAUGUGAACGUGAGGAUUCACCCCAACUAUAACGCCGCUACUGGAGCCAACAACAUCGCUCUCAUUAGCCUCAACAGGAACGUCGAGUUCACUUCCUCCAUCGUCGCUCCCGUGCUCGCCUCCGAGGGUGCAGAGAUCCCGUCAUCUGGUUCUUUCUGCGCAUACGGCCAGAACGAAAACAAUGGACCCGGUGAGCAGUUGCGUUGCGUCAGUGUGGAGGUGCAGUCCGAUGACAACGGUGCUAUCGUCGCCUCUAGCGCAGACGGUCAGCCGACUGACUUCGAUGUCGGAGCACCCCUUAUUGUCGACGGUGUCCAAUACGGCAUCUUGGUAGACCCUGCUUCUGGCACUUUCCUCAACCCUGCCGGCUACAGGGACUGGAUCGAAUCGACCGCCGGCAUUACCCUGCCAACUGGUGAAGAUGAUUCCUCAUCAGAAGAAGAUUCUUCGGAUGAAGAUUCUUCAGAAGAAGUCGACGCUGUCAGAUUUGUCAACUAAUUUAAGUUAUUUCAUCAGAAAAGAUAUCUUGAAAUUAUUUCGUUAAUUAUUUCCGUUUUACAUCACGGCGACUUAUCAAACAAUAAACUAAGUAUUCUGUUA